AUGUGUGUGCGCAACUCCAAGCCUUGUGGAGGCACAAAAUUCCAGUAUGUAGAGAAUACUAUUGUAUGCCAUGAUUAUCAGGAGAUAAAAAUUCAAGAAAGUACACAGGUGCUAGGUGUUGGGGCAAUUCCUCGUUCAAUUCUUGUCAUCUUAAAGGAUGACCUCGUGGAUGUUGUUAAAGCUGGAGGGUCAUGUGAUGAAUUCAUGAAUGCUAUAUAUGAUUUUGGUUAUGGAGGAUAUGAUUCUCUUUUGCUUGCAGAUGAUGUUAUUGUCACUGGUGUCAUAACAGCAAAAUGGGCUUCAGAGUUGAAGGAUGUGCGUUGUGACCUUGAUCCUGUAUUAAUUGCCAACAAUGUAAGGAGAGUCAAUGAACUGAAGUCAGAAAUUGAUAUUUCUGAUGAUAUUGUUAUGAAAUUCAAGCAGUUUUGGGCUAACUUCAAAGAUUCACCUCUAAAAGGUGGUAUUUUGAUGCACACCUCUGAAAUUGGACUGCACAAUGCAGCGUUAUUCAUCACGUAUAAUUGCUGGUCGAACCCUGUCCAGACUCCUUACGUUCCAAAUUUGGUUAAUGACAGAAGGAAUGCUAUUCUACGAGGAAUUUGCCCGCAAGUAUUUGGCCUUUUCACUGUUAAGCUGGCUGGUAAAUACGUUCACCUUGCAUUAACUGUUAUUGGAGGUGUGCAACAUGUCGAUGCUUCUGGAACUAGGGUAAGAGGGGAGUCCCACUUACUCUUGGUUGGUGAUCCAGGCACUGGAAAAUCUCAGUUUCUGAAAUUUGCUGCAAAAUUGAGCAACCGAUCUGUUAUUACCACUGGAUUGGGAAGCACCAGUGCAGGAUUGACUGUUACUGCAGUGAAGGAUGGAGGCAUCUUGAAUUCACCACUUGCUAUUAAAGCUAUUUAUAAUCAUGUUCUAGUUGCACAGGAAGUCCUAGAUUUUGUUGAUCAUUGGGAAUGGAUGUUGGAAGCUGGGGCUCUUGUUUUGGCAGAUGGAGGAUUGUGUUGCAUAGAUGAAUUUGACAGAAGAGCUGGACUAGAUCUAAAUUUAAUUGAUUUGACAUUUCCAACACCUGAAAGGUUUGACACCCUUAAGUUGGGUGAUGAAGUUUCACUACAUGUUUUCAUGAAACUUGAAAGUCCUGAUUUAAUGGAAAUUCUGGCAGGACUGGAGCAUGAUAGAGCAACAAUACAUGAAGCCAUGGAGCAGCAGACAAUUAGUGUUGCCAAGGCUGGUCUUGUGACAACACUCAGCACUAGAACAACUGUGUUUGGUGCUACAAAUCCCAAGGGACAGUAUGAUCCUGAUCAACGUAUCACUUACGGCAUUGAGUUCUUUCCUCUUGCUUCUAGCUUAUGUCUGAAGAAGUUUACUCUUGCUUCAGUUCAAUACUUGUUCGAUAUUGUCCUUGUUCUAUUGGAUACAAAAAAUCCUGAUUGGGAUGCAGUAGUUUCAUCUCAUAUUCUUUCUGAGGAAGAAGCGGAUAGAACCACUAAUGACAAAGAUCUGGUUAAUAGCUGGCCACUUCCUACACUCAAGAGGUACAUACACUAUGUGAAAGAUCAUUUCAGACCAGUCCUAACGAGAGAGGCUGAAGAAGUUAUAUCCAGCUAUUAUCAACUUCAAAGGAAAUCUGCAAAUCAUAAUGCAGCUAGAACAACUGUCCGCAUGUUGGAAAGUUUGAUACGCCUAGCACAAGCCCAUGCAAGGCUGAUGUUCAGAAAUGAGGUGACUCGACUAGAUGCCAUAACGGCUAUUUUAUGCAUAGAAUCCUCCAUGACUACCUCAGCUAUCGUGGAUUGCAUUGGGAAUGCUCUGCAUUCCAAUUUUACUGACAACCCUGAUGAGGAAUUUUGGUUGAACAGUUCUAUGCUUGAAGGACAAAGGUUCGGGUCACAAGCUAGGGAAUUAUCCAAUUUUCUUCCUGAUGUAUAUGGUUCUGAAUAUGUUAAAGAGGAAACGUUGUUGAAUUGUCGAAAAGCAGGGAAAAAAAGGGAAGAGUCUGCGACGCUGUUUCAAUUGUGGUCGUUUCGGUGCCCUAUCUCAUCUUUAUACAGGGGCGAAUCCAGGAGGUACAACAAUAAAACAAGGGGACGCCAUCAUUUGACGACGCAGAAGAAGCAGGAAAUUAAGGAAGCCUUUGAAUUAUUUGAUACUGAUGGCUCAGGUACUAUUGAUGCCAAGGAGCUGAACGUUGCCAUGAGGGCCCUUGGAUUUGAGAUGACUGAGGAGCAAAUUAAACAAAUGAUAGCAGAUGUCGACAAGGAUGGAAGUGGAGCAAUUGAUUAUGAGGAAUUUGAGUACAUGAUGACAGCCAAAAUUGGAGAAAGGGACACUAAGGAGGAGCUCAUGAAAGCUUUCCAUAUUAUUGAUCAUGAUAACAAUGGAAAGAUAUCUGCAUCAGACAUCAAGCGCAUUGCAAAAGAGCUAGGUCAAAAUUUCACUGAUAGAGAGAUUCAGGAGAUGGUUAAUGAAGCAGACCAAGAUAAUGAUCGAGAGGUUAGUCCAGAGGAAUUCAUCAAGAUGAUGAACAGAACACGCUACCAUCACUAG